AUGGGAAAGUGCAAAAUUCUGGUGGUGGGAGGAACAGGACACUUGGGGAGGAGAAUUGUGAAGGAAAGCUUAGCAAAAGGGCAUCCAACUUAUGUUCUUCAGAGGGCUGAGAUCGGUUUGGACAUCAACAAACUGGAAAUGUUGUUGUCGUUUAAGGAUCAAGGAGCCCGUCUGGUUGAGGGGUCUUUUUCCGAUCAUCGGAGCCUCGUGGAUGCCGUAAAACUCGUCGAUGUUGUCAUCAGUACCGUCUCCGGGAAUCUCUUGUUGCAGCUUAAGCUAGUUCAAGCCAUCAAGGAAGCCGGAAAUGUCAAGCGAUUCUUACCAUCAGAAUUUGGGAUGGAUCCAUCAAGAAUGGGGAAUGCACUUGAACCAGGAAGGGUACCAUUUGAUGAGAAAAUGGCUGUCAGGAAAGCCAUCGAAGAAGCUGAAAUCCCUUUUACUUACGUCUGUGGUUGCUGCUGUGCUGGUUGGUUUGCUGGAAACUUAGGCCAAAUGAACACUUUGGUUCCACCUAAAGAAAAGGUCAUCUUAUAUGGAAAUGGCAACACUAAAGUGAUUUUCAUGGAUGAAGAUGAUGUCGCAACAUAUGCUGUUAAGACAAUAGAAGAUUCUCGAGCGUUGAACAAGACAGUUUACAUUCGACCCCAACAAAACAUUCUUAGUCAAAGGGAGCUGAUUGAAACAUGGGAAGAACUUAGUGGAAGAAAACUAGAGAAAAUUAGCCUCUCUGAUGAACAGUGGCUGGCUCCGAUGAAAGGAUUGGAAUGCGAUCAACAAAUGGGAGUAGGACAUAUCUACCACGUUUUCUAUGAAGGUUGUUUAACCAACUUUGAAAUUGGGGAAGAAGCUGAAGAAGCUUCAGAGCUUUACUCAGAAGUUGUAUGCACUCCCAUGGACUCCUACUUGAAACGUUUCCUUUAA